AGCUCGUGGCCCCUAGAUGACCCUAGGGUCGCAGGGGUCAUGGGCACCUCGGAGGCCGCACAGCCGCCGUUUGCGCGCGUCGCCCCGGCGCUCUUCAUCGGGAAUGCGCGAGCCGCGGGUGCGACGGAGCUGUUGGUGCGCGCGGGCAUCACUCUGUGCGUCAACGUCUCCCGCCAGCAGCCCGGGCCGCGCGCACCCGGAGUGGCCGAGCUGCGCGUACCCGUGUUCGACGACCCAGCUGAGGACUUGCUGACACACCUGGAGCCCACUUGUGCCGCCAUGGAAGCCGCGGUGCGCGACGGCGGCUCCUGCCUCGUGUACUGCAAGAACGGCCGCAGUCGCUCAGCCGCCGUUUGCACCGCCUACCUAAUGCGGCACCGCGGCCACAGCCUAGAUUGCGCCUUUCAGAUGGUGAAGAGCGCCCGCCCGGUAGCCGAGCCCAAUUUGGGUUUCUGGGCUCAACUGCAGAAGUAUGAACAGACCCUUCAGGCCCAAGCCAUCCUGCCCCAGGAACCCACUGAUCCGGAGUAAGCCGCACCAUUCAGCUGCUGGGUGACCAAGUGUCUAGACUUUUUCCUUUUUCCACUAGGCAGCUGGCCUCGGGUGUUGCCCCAUCUUGACGGUAGUACAGGAGUGUCCACUGAAUAAGCGGAACUUUGUUUAUUCGUCAGGUUUUGGUCAAAUCCAAACCAGCAAGCACGUUUUAGGUAGAGAAAUUGCGUGUAGAGUCUGGGAAGCCUACAGACAGUUGAUAGGGAGCGACAAACCAGGGUCCUAGCUGCCUGCUCCAAGGGAGUGCCUGGGUUAGUAGGCAGAACCUCUCUGCCUCCUGAAUUCUUUCUGAUCCCUUAGACCUGAACAGAAAGUCUCCCAGCAGGUCAUGGGCCCACCAUCUUUGGCUUACAGCUGCUAUGCUGUGGAAGGGAGGCGGUGCGGACGGCGGCUGAGCGACUGCGACCUAGCAUUGCCAAGCUUCCAUUAUGCCCUAUGCACCAUCCUCCCCAACUGGCAGGCAAGCCCAUCAGUUGCCACCUUGUGCUAAUUGCUCUUGUAGUUCACACAGCCUGGUUUAGUCAUCUGUUUCCAUAAGAGCCCUGCAAGUGCAGUCAGGAUUUAAAGAAGUAGUGGGUGAAGAGCAGAGAACAACCUGGGCUACGUGUGUAAAUUACAGAUGUGUGUCCACCGGUCAAUCGGUGAAUAAAUAAAGUGAAUAAUCCCCCCCCCCA